GAGAGCGCCCCCGCGACGCCCGCGGGAGGCCCUGCCGCCGCCAGCGGCGACCCGGCCAGGUCGCUCCGGGCCCGCUGGGUGGUGGACAACAGCCGCCUGCAGGACGCAACCGAGGGCCUGGGCUACCGCCAGAGCCCCCGCGGCGACGCCCAGCCGCAGGCGCUCAAGGAGUGGGUGCGCUGGGGCUGCGUGGUGGAGGGCCGCGUCACCAAGGACGGGGAGUGGCUGAAGGUGGAGGCGAGGGGCUACCUCCCCAUGGCGCUGGGCGGCGUGCCCGUGCUGCGGCGGCAGGGGCGCCCCCUCCCCGCGCAGCCCCAGGACCAGCGGCCCGCGCCCCCCGAGAAGGGCCCGCCCGCCAAGCGCAAGCGGGGGCGGCCGCGCAAGGACCGGCCCGAGGCCGCCGCGGGCGGCGGGG